AUGGUAUCCUUCAAAGCCUCUCUAUUACUCUGGCUUGCCUCAAUAGCUGCAGCACAAGGAGAUCCGAAGAAUGUCGAACCAGAUACUUUCUACCCUCGUGAACCUGACUCAUCUUACUCCUACCCGAGUCCUAAUGCUACGGGAAUCGGUGGAUGGGACAUUGCUAUUGUGAAAGCAAGACGCUUCGUCUCCCAGCUGACAACGAGAGAGAAGGUCGGCCUCUGUACCGGAAAUGGCUUUCCUCCAAAUCCAGAUAAUCCGGACCGUCUAUGCCAGGGCCAGACCCAGCAAAUACCUCGUCUUAACUUUACUGGCCUUUGUUACAUCGAUAGUGACACAGGUAUUGGAAAUUCUCAUUCAUAUGGAACUGGAUUUCCACCAGGAAUCACAGCAGCUUCGACCUGGAAUCGCGAGCUCAUCCGAGCCCGCGGGUUUGCUAUUGCAACCGAGCACAAGAACAAAGGUGCUCAUGCUGUACUAGGUCCAGUCCUUGCCCUUGGCCGCACUGUCGGCGGAGGUACCAACUUCGAGGGCUUUGGGAACGAUCCUUAUUUGAUUGGCGUUGCCGGCCAUGAGACUGUCAUUGGACACCAGGCUGCUGGCGUGCAAGCCGUUCCUAAACAGUAUCUGGGCUAUGAUGGCCAGCAGUACAAUCGGACUUAUUACUCCAGCAACAUCGACGAUAAGACCUUACACGAGGUUGAAGUCUGGCCCUAUGCAGAAGCUGUACGGGCUGGCGCCUCCUGCGUAAUGAGCAGUUAUCCUUAUGUGAACAACUCUCAGGCCUGCCAGAAUGCUCAUCUGCUCAAUGAUGUGCUCAAGACACAUCUGGCCUUCCAGGGCUAUACUCAGACAGACUGGUUUGGGCUGAAGGCUGGCGUUGACGCGUUCAUGGCCGGUAUGGAUCAGGAUAUGCCCGGUGUUGCGGCUGCCGAUGGGGACUGGGGCUUUUAUGGCGCCAAUCUCACCUUGGCUGUGAACAAUGGAUCUGUGCCAGAAUGGAGAUUGAAUGAUGCGGCCACCAGAGUUAUGACUCCUUACUUCUUGCUGGGCCAAGAUCGCGACUACCCUGAGAUCAACCUUGUUGAUGAUCCGCGCAAGGCGAUUGUUGAUAGCCAGCGCCAGCGGCAUAGAACGUUAGCUCGGGAGAUUGCUGCAGCUGGAACUGUUCUAUUGAAGAAUGCCGACGGGAAGCGUGGGCUGCCUUUGAAGAAGCCUACUACCAUCGCUCUCUUUGGAAAGGCUGCUGGCCCUAAUCCGUACGGACCCAACCAAUAUGGAUACGGAACUGGUGUGUUGCCUUCGGAAUGGAGCACUUUAAAUGGCUAUGCUGGUGACUCCUUUACGAUUGGUAUUGGCCAAGGCACACUAGCUGAAGGCUCAGGCUCGGGCUCAACAUUUUAUCCUCGCUUAGUCGAUCCUUUAAGCGCGAUUCAAAGUCGAGCGAACCAGGACCUUACACUUGUAGAUUGGUCUUUGAGUAGCAAUCUCACCUUCGCCAAAACUGUAGCCAAACGUGGCACAGUAUGCAUCCCCGUUGUGGCUUCAACCUCGGGUGAAAGUCUCGAUCGAAACAUUACCCUGAUGCACGAGGGUGACGCACUUGUCAAUGCGGUCGCUGACAAUUGCGACAACACAAUUGUCAUAGUCCAAUCAGUUGGCCCUGUUGACAUGGAGAAAUGGAUUGACCACCCCAACGUGACAGCCGUCGUCUGGGCUAACCUUGGUGGCCAAGAGCUCGGCCCUGCCCUAGUUGACAUCCUCUACGGUGAAGUAAAUCCAUCUGGCAGACUGGUAUACACAAUCGCGAAGAACGUCAGUGACUACGCCCAGCCAAAAAUUGUCACAGAGCCACAGCCCUACCCUCAGAUCAACUACACUGAGGGUGUAUCGAUUGACUACCGAGGCUUCGAAAAAGCCGGCAUCGAGCCUCGCUUUGCAUUUGGGCAUGGCCUUUCCUACUCGACAUUUACGUACACGGGUCUCCAUGUCUCCAAACACGGUGGACUGAACAAUGCCCUGCGAACCCCAAUUGAAUAUGUGGGAAACGCACCAGGAGGGGAUAUGGCGCUCUAUGAUGUAGCGAUCAUCGCCGAAGUGAAGAUUCGAAACGAAGGACCAUACGAUGGUACUGAAAUUGCACAGCUCUAUCUAACAAUGCCCACACAAGCAGGCAAUCCUACCAAAAUCCUCCGUGGCUUUGUCUCUAUUCCCGUCCGCGAGGGAGAAACUCAAACUCGCAAAAUAUACCUAACUCGCAAGGACAUCAGCUACUGGGACGUAACGAAACAAACAUGGGUUACCCCGAACGGAAUCUUUACCGUUCACAUUGGUGCGUCAUCGGCUGAUAUUCGGGUAAGCUCGACUUUCGUCAUUUGA